CGACGCCAACGUUGGCUUUACGGCUUCUCGUGAAUUUUGCUGAGGAGUAAAUUGUUUUGUCACCUGGCGAAGAGCUGAGUUUGUUUACACUGGAAACAUGAACUGUGCCUCGCUUCUAACUGUGACACCAACGUCACGUCUCUUGGCCAAGUUUUUGUUUCUGUUUUUUUGUAUUAAUUUAAGAACAAAAUGUUCACGUCUACGGAGGCUCAGGGAAAGUAAACAAAGACUCAGGGCAUGAGAAGGGAGAGGAAUUCCAGUCCCACAUGCUCCGUACCCACCCGUCACAUGAAGUCUGUUUAAACCAGGAAGCUUUGGGCCAUUAUCCUGGUUCCUCCUUCCUCCAGCUGGGACGCUUGAAUCACGUGUCUUGUGAGCAACUACUGGAUAUGCGUACAAACGUUUUAAAAGGACCCCGAACACGGUUUCGCAAACGUUCCAGACAUUUGCUGCCACCUUGUGGCAAAGUUAGAUUAAACUGUGUCACACACUGUUUCUCACGUGGUUGUAGCUUAAACGUUGGUUUUCUCUGAAAAUGCAGCUAUAAAAAAGGAAGUGUAUAGAUAUAGUAAAAUAUGAAAUAUAUAAAUAGGAAGUAUAUACAGUAAGGUGGGUGAGAGGAGGGUCCUGGCUGAACUCACAUCCAUCCUGGACCAGGACUCUGACCCACUGGAGGACUCACUGCUCUGGAGCAGCUUCAGUAACAGACUGAUCCACCCUCACUGUGUGAAGGAGAGAUAUCGUAGGUCCUUCCUACCAGCUGCUAUCAGACUGUAUAAUCAGAAGUGUUAAUGACCUCCUGGUCCAGAAACCCACCCACUGCAUCAGUGGUUACCCAAUAAUCUCCUCUGUACAAUAUUUGUGCAAACUCUGUGCAUUAUUUUAUUAUUUUGCUGACAUGAACUGUUCUGUCGCUGUAUUUUCUAAAUCUGUACUUGCUGUUGUGUGAAGUAAUUUCCCCCACUCUUGGACUAUUGAAGUUGCUUCUUCUUCUUAAAAAUAGAAAACCUAUAUGUGCAGAAGUGUGGAUCUGAAAUUCAAAACAGAUAAUCUAUAAAAACAACCCCUUUUACAUACUGUCAUUUCUAUUUCAGAAAUAUCAAGAAAAGUCAACUGUUCUUCCAAGGUGCCAUCUCUUUUUUCUAGACACGUGAAUGUUAAACAGGCUGAUUUAUUCGGGUUAAAUGCUGCGGCUUAACAAAUCAGACCAGUGGUGAGAAAAAAAGAAAUAAAAACAUUUAUGACAUGCUACAUCUAUGAUUAAUACACGUCCCUCACAGUAAUAAUGCGUGUUGUCUCUGCAACUCAUCUCCCAACAACCCCCCCCCGUAGCGCACGCGCACGCGCACACACGACGUACACACGCUCCACGACACACACAAACAUGGCUGCCUCUAUUCCGCCGCUACGCUCCUCCUUCAGGAUUUGUAGCCCGUUAACGUUACACCACCACUGCUGCCGGGCCAAACUGCGGACGCACAGAAAAUGCGAGAGUCAAAGGAGGCAUCUACACCAGUCGGCGACGAGGCACGCUGCUGUGGUCAUUUCCGGCAAAGAGAUGGCUCGGCAGAUCCACAGAGAGAUCCAACGUGACGUGGAAGAGCUGGUAGCUCAGGGAAACAUGAGACCCCACUUAGGAGUGGUCUUAGUAGGGGACGACCCAGCCAGCCGUACCUACGUUAGGAACAAGACCCGUGCAGCCAGCAUCUUGGGUAUUUCCAGUGACACUGUGAUGCGGCCUGGCUCAGUCUCCCAGGAGGAGCUGUUGGAGCUGAUUGACAAAAUGAAUCGUGACUGGAGGGUCAGUGGCCUCUUGGUGCAGCUGCCACUACCCGAUCACAUCAAUGAGCGAGCAGUGUGUAACGCCAUCGCCCCAGAGAAGGAUGUAGAUGGCUUCCAUAUUGUGAAUAUUGGGAAGCUGUGUCUGGACCAGAGGUCCAUGGUGCCUGCCACACCUGCUGCUGUGUGGGAGAUCAUCAAAAGAGCAGGUAUUGAGACAGUGGGAAAGAAUGUGCUAGUGGCUGGUCGCUCCAAAAACGUUGGAAUGCCCAUUGCAAUGUUGCUGCAUUCUGACCGCAAGCAUGAGCGCCCAGGGGGUGACGCCACAGUGACCAUUACCCACAGAUGUACGCCGAGGGAACAGCUGAAGGAGCUGAUGAGCCUGGCUGACAUCGUUAUCGCCGCUGCAGGUGUUCCCCGGCUCAUCACAGCAGAUAUGGUCAAAGAGGGAGCAGCAGUCAUCGACGUGGGCAUAAAUCGCAUCCGGGACCCGACCACCGGCAAACUCCGGCUGAUCGGUGACGUCGACUUUGAGGGGGUGAAGGAGAAAGCAGGCUUCAUCACGCCGGUCCCCGGAGGCGUGGGUCCGAUGACGGUGGCCAUGCUGAUGAGGAACACUGUGACCGCCGCCAGGAACGCUCUCAUGCAUUGAGCACAAAGCACAGAGUGGUUCACUUCAAAGAGCGCCAGGGCUGAAGUCUCUGUAAGCACAUGAAAACCAUGGGAACCUUUCUGCAUUCGUUUGUCAUGAGAUCUGAUCUGGUCCUCAUCUAUGAUGUGAUCACUCUCUCUGAAUCAUGCCGUAGCACCUCCGUGGAGUCGAGGUCUUGGUCUUCUGUUUUCCUGAAGCCAUACUCUAUUCACAGACCUUUUCUUGCUACUGAACAUGGUUUUAUUUCAACCCUGUUUUUGCCAAAUAGUUUUGUUCUAAAGGUCCAUGAGCUCAUUGAACGUUCCAUACCAGCUGGGAAAGUUACUUGAUUAACACUUUGUUUAUAUUGUGAAUUUGUUCAUGUAUUUAUUCAUUUAUUUAUUGUUUAUUUAUUUAAAAGUUCAUUUUCUAAGAAUUUAGAUCAAUAUUUUUUCUACUGAAGUCAUGUUGGUUCAUUUUUAAAUAUUAAAUAAAAAAACAAUACUGUGCCAAUAAAACAAUUUCUGUAUUUGUUUCUUCUACAUGUUUAAAUAUUCUCUAACAUAUUUUUUCACGUCUUAUCAAGCCCAUCUUUAAACAUUACUCACUGUGAAAAUGUUAUCGGUAUGUCAUUUAUUUUUCUGCUUCAUCGGUUUAUAAAUGUUUAUAAAUGCCAGUUUGUGACAGUGCAUGCACACUGUCACAGUGAAAGUGUGGCCUUGACCUUUGACCUCAAUUAAAUCAGUUUUUCUAUGAGCACAA